GUCAGUCAGUUAUAGAUCGGCACACAGUGCGAAGCACAUGUUUGCGACACUUUACACUUAAAAAUUUCAUUCUUGAAAACCUCCAAAGGAAACCCCUUGACAAUCGUCAGCGAUUACACAAAAAAAUCGUGCGUGGCAUUUUUCUUCUUAAAAAAAAUAUAGUAAAAAGAAAGUUUCAGUGUGCGCUAACGGAAAAAUUAGAGAAAAUUUCCGCGUGAAAAGGGCCUGAGAUUUGCGUGUUGAGGUCUGCAAGGCAAUCAGAGAGAAGUUAUUUGAAGGCGUUUUACGUGAGCUGAGAAACGUUGUGGUGUCAAUUUGCAAUAUCAACCAGUUUUGCACGGAGGGAAAUUCUUCACCUCAGAGCCGCCACAUAUAUUAACUAGCAGCUUUAACAAAAAAAAAUCUUUCUCCCCCUCCAAAAUGGCUUCAGAUUUACUGAAAAAAGAGGUAAUGUCAUCGUUAUGUAAGUAAUUAAAUGCAUUGAUUGCAUAAAAUUUGCACCCAUUUCGCCCACACUACAAAGUCUCUUCGCAUCGUACUCAUACACUUCAAAAAAGAAAUCUUUAUUGAGCAUCCCUCCAUUUUUCCAUUUAAUGUGCUCCGAAUAUGCUAAAAAUAGCACACCCGGAGAAGAUUUGUUGAAUUUCCUUCAAUUAAUCCGCUUCAUUCGGUGUAGUCUUUGCGUUCGCGAAAAAUGAAAUCAAAAGUAAAAGCAAAGCCCGUGAUUUGCUAAAAGAAUUUAUUAAAAAAGAAGAAAUUUGCUUUGUUGAAGGUUGCCAAUACGAAAUAUUUUAUUUGGAAAUAUGCCUUCUAAAAAAGCAAAAUUCGAAUAUAUCGCAAGAAUGCCGUCAACGUAAGAAAUGUGGAAUGGGCGGAAGAAACCAGUUAUUCUUAUUUGUUAAUUUUAUUUAUUUAGUCUCAACCACGACGUGUGUGCAAAAAUGGCAAAAAUUACCAAUUCAAUCAAUUGAUAGGCAUAAUCAGUUUACGAAAGCCGAUAAAUUUUCUACUGGUACACCUGAAAAUUUCAAUGUUUCACUGAAAUAUUUCAAAACUAUCACUUUUUCAUUGCCGUUAAAUGGCGCAACCAGUAAGUUUCCUUCAUAACCUCACUUUAAUCUUGCUACAUUUUCCGCCAUUUUAUCAAUUUACAAGGAAACGUUAGAAAAAUAUUUUUAUAAGAAUGUAAAUCUAAAGAAACUUUACGAUAAAUAAAAAAAACAUAGAUUCUUGAUAGUUUAGCUCAGACUGCUCAAAUAAAUCAUUCAUAUUGCAUCAUCUUAGAUGCAAGAAAUACCAACUUGCGCGUCAUCUUUUCUGGUUUCCUUAUAAGCUAAAGUCAAACACUACAUUUUGCAUUCAUCACGUCUUUAUUUAUUUAAACUUCAGAGUUUAAAAAAGUAUAAUUUGCAAAAGAAAUGUACAAUUGAACGUAAUCUAAUCUAGGAAUUUCACAACUGCUUCUUGAAUAUUAUCUUGAGAAACAAUAUGGGACUUUCCUUAAUCAAAGUCUGGGUCAAGCAAGUGCGUAGUAGGUUUACUUUUCUGCAAAAUUCCCAUUAUAUUGGACAUUUUAGAAAUGAAAGAAAUAAAACUUUUAUAGUUAACCUCUACAGUUGAGUUUUGUGUCCCAGGAGUUCCCACACAAAAUGGUAAUUUCUCAACCAUUCUGGUUUUUCUUGCACUACAAAAAACUUGCUUGUAGUUUUCCAAUGACCUGCUGUUCCUCAGUUGUUCUCUUUUCACCAGUCUGAAUUUUCAAUCUUUCGUCCUUGUUUCACAAACUAUCUGACGAAAUAUUUAUAUUCAAAAUUCAUGCAAAAAAUGUCAAGAGGUUGAGGGCUAAAUUGUAAAAACGGCAAAAUUCGAAGCUCAAACGACUCGAAAGAUCAAAAAUCUGUCCAGUUUUUGCAUUUUCUUCACACAUCUCUUAAUGUGCGACUAAUAUAAGCUGAUGCGUCCCUCACUAGAGUCCAGCUCAAUCCGGUGGUAAAUAGAAGAUGGCGAAAAAAAACUCCCAUUCAAAAGUCCGCUUGGCACGAUGACGCCUAUGGGAGAUGAAUAGGAGAUACGCUAUCAUAGCUCCCGGGUCAGUAUUGUGGCGAUGGGGCUCAUUUUUUUGUAUUUGAAUUCCAUGGAAUUUUUACGGAAUUUUCUGUUGAAAAUAUUUUCUUGAGAUAUUUUCUUAUGCUUCUUAUUUAUCAAAUAAAUAACCAUCCCAGUGACCUUUGUCCACAAAUCCAAACCGACAAAGGCACACAAUGCAGUGGGUCCGGGAGGGAAGACGUGCCGGGAAAGGACCUGCGAAAGGGAAUUCGGUGUGCUGCUUUCAUUGUACGACUAUGGAAAAAGAAAUCAAUAAUGUGGGAAAAAGGGCUCGUCUCCGGGCAUAACCUCCACACAGAGGCACAACAUUAGUUAUGUAUGGCCUCAUGUAGUGAGUCAAUAUGUGACCGAGAUGGCGUACGCAGUCACGAGAUAUUUGACCGUGAGACGAAGCGAGAUGCAAGAUCCGUUGACGUCAUCAACACACCGCCAACUAUGUGGCUUUGCCUCCGCGUUGCCAGAGCGAAGUCGUCGUCGCCUUUAGCUGCUGAUUUUCUUUUUCCAAAGCGCAUAGGGAAGCAUGGCGCGAUGUUGCCAUGAAAGAGAAAAGAGCUGGUGUGGUAUAAAAUAGAGUAGAAGACAUUUUUGGGGGUGUGUCACCCAUACAGACUCACUGUGAAUGGGAGCAAAAGUUAUGUUACUAAUACAUACUCAAAGAAAACCAUUUGCCUCUGUUUUCUCUUCACAUCUCACCCAACAAAACUGCGCACAAUCGCCAACAAUUUGAAAUUCCAAGCGUGCAAGAGAGAAAAUUUCAUACGAAAUUGUGAAAUUUUUUUUUACAAUGGAGGCACGUUCGAGGCGAAAAAAACACGAGCGCGAGGAGGCAAAGUCUCGCCACACACAACCAUGGACACAGCCAACGCCUUACGCGUCUGUAUAUGUCAGCCUAAAAUAAACCACGGCUUAUUUUAUCGUUCAAACAAGAGAAAAUUAAUGAAAAAGAGGCAUUUUAUAUCACAUUUAUAUACAAAUCGUUAUAUAUGCCGCCCCCGCACAUUUUGUUUCUUAUCGUCAUCGCUAGAAUGUGACCCCAAAAGUUUGAAACUUCCUCCAAAAAAAAAACCUCGGUUAAAAAAAAGAUGGCUGUCCGCGUGUCUUAAGAUAUUUAAAAUGUUUUGUUUUUCUUUAUCAGUUUAAAAGAUAUUCAGUAAAUUCCCGUUAAAAGCGUUAUUUUCCAUAUUUUAUUUUCAUGGCUAACGCCGCCAAGCCUACGACGUCUGUUGUUAUGGCGUCAAAUGGGGAGAGAUGUAAGAAAAAAUCCACAUAGAAAUGCAAAUAUGUGCUAAUGCAGUUAGAAAUCGAGGUACAUACAUAAUAAUAAUGGUACCUAAAGAUUGAGAAUUAUGAAAAAAAAAUGCGAUAAUAUUAUUCGUUUGAUGAACUUACAACAGCCUAUCGCACUGUCACACUUUGCAAAAUGACGCUGUGCAGUAGCACAGUAAGCGUGGCCUUGAAAAAGACAAUUAUUAUUUGGACAAGUCGGGGAUUUUAUCUCAGUAUUUUCGCAAAUAACUGAAAAUGACGCAAACUAUGGCGUCGAUGGCGUCUGUUUUCAAAUGAAGCGCAUCUGAAGGGAAUUUUUCUUCAUGGAUAUUUUGCAAAAUAGUGACUUCUUUGACUGUUCGUGAGUCAUGACGACGCGUAGUUGAUGCAAUACAACGCAAACAUUCUCAAUGCAGCCCACUUCUCAAUAAAAAUCCCCCCUGAAAGGCACGUAAACAACACCACCAGACUGGGCCAUUAAAAGUGACUUAAUUAUUUUAUGUAUUACAUAUUUCUCUCUUACAUUGAAAUUUUUCGCGAGUCAUUUCACGCAAUAUCACGGAAUACUUGGAAAUAUUAAAAUUCAUUGUGAAAUUUCCUGAAAAAAAAAACAAGAUGGCGUCCAAAAUGUAUUCAAAAGAUUGGGAGAAGGAUAGAAUUGGAAUUUUUUAAAAAUCUUUUUUUUAAGAGAUAGAAAAAAACGAAAAAUUCUUUUUAUGCAAAUUCCUUCUAAAAAAAUGUCUUCUGAAAGAAAUUCAGUGGCGUAGCCAUGUCGGAAUGGCGCGAAUCAAAAAAUUCCCAGACACCACUAAGAAGACUGCAAUAAAAAUUCCAACACAGAGAAAGUCAAAAUGGUGUUGAAGCAAUAAAUUUGCUAGUUCAGCAAUAACUGAUAAGAGAAAUUGCGGAGCACGAUAUUGGAGGGCGCUUCCAUGUUAAGUAUGUUAUACACAAAAAUGUUAAAAUGAAUGGGGCUCUUUUUGUACAUAUAUCAAUUUUUUUCAUUAACUUUUUUGACGUAGUUUCUUCUGUGAAACGCCUGCAAUUUUCAUGGAAGAGGUUUUUUGUGCAAAUCAUUUAUUUAUUCAGUUGAUCACUAAUAUUGGGGAGAUUUUUUUUUCUCCAUUGUGGCAAGUUAAUGACUGGCGCGCACCUGAUAUUCAGUGUCAUGAUGGCACAUCAAUGUAUGGUGAAAAAAAUGCUGCGUAGCUAAGUUAUGAAAAGAGGUUAAAGUUCUCUCAGUUUUUUAUGUUUGCUUUUUUCAUUAGAACAAGAAUCAGAUGAAGGACGCCAGACGCCAUUUUUUUUAUAAAGAACAUUCGGUUGAUUUUCGUUAAUGUCUUGACGAAAACGGCCGUUAAUCUUUCGUAAUGUUAUCGUAGAAUAUCGUUAAAGCGACUCCUUCUUUUGCAUUAUGCCUUCAUUAACAUAACCUCCAUUCAUAAAUUACCGCAAUUCAAAGAACUUCAUUUUACUUUCUCACACCUUCAAAUAUGUCUGAUAUCGCACAUUACAUAGACUCCAUUUGACCUUACCUUGCACUCUAUACGGAGUCUUAUAAUUCUUUUUAAACAAAAGCACUAUAUCGCCAUAAUCUAAGUAGUUUUGCAAUCGACGCAUAACUACUAGAUUAUCUACUUAUUGUCUAGCUUCCUGGUUUUAUACGUUUUUUUUUUUUAUAAAAUUAAGACCUAUUUGAAUGUUGUCAGAGCACUUGAUUUUCCCUCUAAAAUCCACUUAAUCAGCUUUAACUUAAAUUCAAGUAUCAAUUAUAGAGAUUUUAUUGCGGAUGGAUGGUUUAAUGUGGUGUGACAAUAUUGCCAAUGGAUUAGUAUUCGUUAUCGCCAUUCUAUCAUUCGAUAGACUCAUUCAAUUUAAUUACUUUACACGUGCCCCAUUGCUUGAAUGUAUUUGGAAGCUCUGGAGCAGAGAGUGAAAAAAACCCAGUUAGCGAAUCGCUUCGUCGGAAAAAAUGAAGAAAAACAUCUCUCAGUCACCUUGGGAGUCCCUUUCAAGUAUCAAGCAUUUUAUUCUUUCUGGAAUUUCAAAAGUAAAAAUUGCGCGCGCGUGAUCUUUUAAUACAAAAUGAAGUUGUCUUAAAACUGGAAGUCGUUAAAUAUUUAAUGGCGUCGCGUCGCUGAGAGUUACUCAAAAUACCCCUGAACUGCCUGAAUGAGUUUAGAAAUUGUUUAAAUUCCAGGAAAUUGUCGUCUGUGACUCUACUCUUUGGCUCAAUUGUACUAUUUCACGUGCAAAAGUUAAUUAAUUUCUGUUUAUUGGUUAUAUUUUGAGAAAUUUAAAGCAAUAAAUUGAAAAAAAAUGGAAUGUUUAACCAAUAUCUGUCGGAGAAGAAAAAAGGCAAAAAUUGCAGAAUAUAUUAAGGAAAAGUGUGAAGAGUUGGUGCUAACAGAUGAAAAAACGAAGCAGUACAUGAAGAAUUUGCUGGUGGAACUCAACAAAGGUCUGAAGAAGAAAACACAUGCAGAAGCUGAUAUCAAAUGCUUCGUAACGUACGUUCAGGAUUUGCCAAAUGGAAAAGAGACUGGCAAAUUUUUGGCAUUGGAUCUGGGUGGAACGAAUUUUCGUGUUCUUCUAAUUCACCUCAAGGCAGAGAAUGAAUUUGAGAUGCUCUCUAAGAUCUAUGCUAUCCCCAAGAAUAUUAUGGUGGGCACAGGGAAGCAGCUCUUUGAUCAUAUUGCAGAAUGUCUGGCGAACUUUAUGAAAGAACAUCAAGUGUACAAGGAACGUCUUCCGCUGGGAUUCACCUUCUCCUUCCCCCUUACACAGCUUGGACUCACAAAGGGUCUCCUCGUACGAUGGACCAAAGGUUUCGACUGUGAGGGUGUUGUUGGUGUUGAUGUGGUGCAACUCCUGAAGGACGCCAUUGCAAGACGUGGAGACGUGCAAAUUGAAGUCUGUGCAAUUCUGAAUGAUACAACGGGUACAUUGAUGUCUUGUGCAUGGAAAAAUCACAAUACGAGAAUUGGACUGAUUGUUGGAACUGGAAGCAAUGCGUGUUACGUGGAAAAAGUUGAAAAUGCAGAAAUGUUCGACGUGCCGGAGAACAAGAAGCCGCAUGUGAUCAUUAAUACAGAAUGGGGGGCAUUUGGGGACAAUGGAGCCCUUGAUUUUGUACGCACUGAAUUUGACAGGGAUAUCGAUGAGAAUAGCAUAAAUCCCGGAAGUCAAUUGCAAGAAAAGAUGAUUUCGGGGAUGUAUCUGGGCGAAUUGGCGCGUCUUGUGAUUCAGAAAUUCACAAAGAGUGGCCAUUUGUUUGGUGGAAAGGGCUCGGAGUUGCUGUUCAAGCGAUGGAAGUUCUUCACAAAGUACGUCUCGGAAAUUGAAUCAGACAAACCGGGAGUCUUUACCAAUUGCCGCGAAGUGAUGGAGGAAUUGGGCUUGGGACAUGCAACUGAUGAAGAUUGUGCCAAUGUACGUUAUAUUUGCGAAUGCAUAUCCCGCAGGGCGGCUCAUCUUGUUUCAGCGGGUAUUGCGGUGCUUAUCAAUAAAAUGGAGGAACCCAAUGUUACUGUCGGUGUUGAUGGCUCAGUGUAUCGUUUCCAUCCCAAAUUCCAUGAUUUAAUGAUGGAGAAGACGAGGCAAUAUGUCAAUCCAGGCAUCAACUUUGACCUCAUGCUGUCGGAAGAUGGUUCAGGACGAGGGGCUGCCCUCGUGGCGGCUGUUGCCUCGCGCGAAACUCAAUAGAGUUAAAACCCCACCACCUCCAACAAGCUUAAACCUUUCCUAAAUAUCAAAAAAAAAUUGUAAAUAUGUUUUUAAGAUAAAAAAAAUCCAUCAUAGAAUGAAAGCUUGCAAAUAUGCGAUUUUAGCUGUAAAAAAAGAUUAUAUUUGGGAGUGAGUUUUGCAAAAUGAAAGGAACAUCCAAUCAUUAAUGAGAUUGUGCCAUUAAAAGUUUUUUUUGUGAAUUAAUUUUUGCACCCCUCAAACAUUCACUUUGCAGGAAUUUCUCUUUAAAAAGACAUUAAGACAAUAUAUUUUUAAAAGAAGAAAAAAAAUCAAGUUAAGCUCCGUGAAAAGUUAAUAAAAGAGAUUUUAAAAAUAGGCAAAAUAAAUAAAAUAGCAAUGAUAGUUUUGAGAACAUUAUAGGCAUAGUGAGAAGAAAUAUUUAAGAUUUUUUGUUGUUGUUUCGAAGGAGGAUUUUUGAAAGAAUGGGGAAAACUUAUAAAAAAAAAAUUGUAUAGUUAAUUUUUUCUGGGGGAUAAAUACUUAAAAUAAAAAUGAAAAAUCAAAUUUAAUUAAUUUAGUUUUUACUUUCUAUUUAGAUGGUAAUUUUUAAGUAGUGAGAGAUAAUUUUGAAAAGCCAACCUAUUACUUGUUAGUGCGAUAUUUAGCUUUAAGGGAACCUCUUUGUAGAUAAAAAAAAAAAAUAAGGGAUUCACCAUUCGGGUUAUUUUUGACAAAAUUUUUAUAUCCAAAAUCUUUUUAAUUAGAAAAAUUAUUAUUAUUAUUGUAUGUAUAUUUUUUAAUAACAUAAGGCAGACGUGAAUGAAUCUUUGAACUACAAAAAAAUAUGAAAAGAGAUGUCUUAUUGAACUUUUUUUUGAUGAAGAAAGGAAGAAAAAAUCACAUUUAUCUUCAAGAUAAUUUAUUAAUGAGUUUUAAUUCUACAAAAAAAAACAAAUUUGUGAAAAUAAACCACUAUAUGUUUAUAUAAAAAA